CAGCACAUUGUAACCCCCCAUUUCUUGUCUCUUCAUCUUCUUCUCCAAACAACCCUAGAAAGAGAGAGAGAGAUGACCGGAGUAGUAAUGGUUACAAAGGUUUGCGGCGGCGGAGGAAUGGGUUCAAUGGGAAAGGGUAACCACCAUGCCGGCGGCGGCGGUGGUUCUAGAGUAGUAGACGGCGGAGAUCAAGACCAAAACCAUCAACAACUUUCAAUAGUAGCUUUCCUCAUAACUGCUCUUAGGAAAUCAAUGGUGUCUUGUCGGAUAGAUCGAACUGACGAAGAAGUAAUCUCCACCGUUCGUAGUAUGGAAAUCGGAUGGCCCACCAACGUUCAACACAUCACCCAUGUCACUUUCGACCGUUUUCAAGGGUUCUUAGGCCUUCCUGUUGAAUUCGAAGUUGAAGUCCCCUGUAAAGUCCCAAGCGCAAGUAUCAACGUCUUUGGAGUUUCAGCAGAAUCGAUGCAGUGUUCUUAUGAUUCAAGAGGAAACAGUGUACCCACUAUUCUUUUACUAAUGCAGGACAAGCUCUAUACUCAAGGAGGAUUAAAGGCUGAAGGGAUUUUCAGAAUUAACCCAGAAAAUAGUCAGCAAGAGCAAGUUCGUAGUCAGUUGAACAGAGGAAUAGUGCCGGAAAACAUUGAUGUUCAUUGUUUGGCUGGAUUAAUCAAGGCGUGGUUCAGAGAGCUUCCUUCGGGUGUUCUUGAUGGUUUAUCUCCUGAACAAGUUCUUCAAUGUAACAAUGAAGAUGAUUCAGUCGAACUUGUGAAGCAAUUAAAGCCAACUGAAUCAGCAUUACUUAACUGGUCAAUUGAUUUAAUGGCUGAUGUUGUUGAACAAGAGGAAUUCAAUAAAAUGAAACCAAGAAACGUUGCCAUGGUUUUUGCUCCAAAUAUGACUCAGAUGUCUGAUCCAUUGACGGCAUUGAUGCAUGCCGUUCAAGUUAUGAACUUGCUCAGGACAUUGAUUAUUAGAACGUUAAGAGACCGUGAAGAUGCUGCUAGUAGUAAUUACUCUUCUUCUUGUUCUUCUUCCUCGGCUGAGGAAAUGGAAAUGGAAUUGGAAAUGGAUUGCGAAUUGAGAGGACCGCCCUUAUCAGAAUUCGAAGCAGAUGAAGAAGAUGAAGUCGAGGUUGAAGAACAUUUCUUGAGACAAUUUGAUGGCAAUGUUUUUGAAGAUAACAAAGAAGAAGACUUGAAGAUCACUUCAAUAAGAACGGAAGAUGAUGAUGAGAUUGAUAUGGUGAACAAGAUAGAAGAAGAAGAAACUUCUUCUUCUUCUAUUACACCAUUGAUUACUGUCUAAAAUUGCAAAGUCUUUUUGCAUUUCUAGUAAUGUAUUUGUGUUUAGCUGAUUUCAGAAUCUCUUUGUAAAAACUGCUAUAGGGUUUUUUAGGAAAAAACACCCUUGUCUUGUGGUUUCUAGUGUCUUACUUGCGAUUGUCCAAUAAAAGGGUGUCGCUAAUUUUGACGGUUUUUGGUUUGUAGUGUGAAAUGGGAAGGCCCAUUGUUGGAUUUGUAUCAA